UCUAUGACGUAUUUAUUGUUUACUGAUUGGUCACGCGUGGCGCGCACAGAGAUUUGUUGCACAGCACCGAGAGUAUUAAGACAAUAGAAAUUAAUAAUCCAGUUUUUCUUUUCUUUUUCAAAUAGUACUCUUUGCCAGCUUAUGUUGGUACGUAAUAUUUUCGAAUUGUGGCGAUCCUGCUUGAAAUAAAGAAAUAAACACAAUAUCGUCUGCAUGUUACUACUUCGAGGUUAUGUUUUAAUUUAUUAGUGAAAUCUGUGGUCUGAACAUUAUUUAAAAUGAGUGCCGAAGAGCUGAAUGGUCCAGUUAAGUGUGUUGGUUAUUUAAAUAAAUGUGAACCGUGGAAACUUCAUAGCCGAUUCUUUCCCAGUAAAGUUGGAGGCAAGCCAGCGUGGUUAGAUUUGUCCAAUUUGCCGUCUGACAUCAACUGCAAAAACUGUGGUAAAAUCUGUGUAUUUUUGUGCCAAGUGUAUGCACCUUUCGACAGUCACAAGGAGUGUUUUCACAGGACUAUAUUUGUGUUUGUGUGUAGGGACUCGGAAUGCUGCAAAGAAAAUUGCAACAAAAAUUUCCGCGUGUUUAGAUGCCAGUUGCCUAGAGAAAAUCCUUACUACCCAUUUGAUCCACCUGUAGAAGAUAAAACUUGGCGACCCGAUGUAACCGUGGAAAAAUUCUGCAAAGUAUGCAUUUUGUGUGGAACAAAAGCACCUUACCACUGUGGGAAAUGUAAAACUUUGUGUUAUUGUUCAAGAGAACACCAGAUGUUACAUUGGAAAGCUGGUCAUAAAGAAAAAUGUUCAGACGGCAGCAGCCGACAGGACGACGGCUCGGCUCGGUUCCUGCUUCCGGAGUUCGAGCUGCAGACGGAAGAGGACGCCGAUGAGUCCGUGGACGUGGAAGAGGGCGCGGGCGGGGACGACGACGAAGACCGGAGGCUGAGCGAAUACGAGCAGUUGCUGCGACGAGGUUGCGGCGGCACCUUCCAAGGGGACUCCUCCGUGGACGCAGACCUGCUGCGAUUGGCCACGCCCCCCGAGGACAGGGCGUUCGUAGCGUACGCAGCGAGGGUGAAGGACGACCCUGAGCAGGUGCUCAGGUACGAGCGAGGCGGAGCCCCCUUGUGGGUGUCCGACCACCACGCGGCACAGUCGCAAGACGUGCCGCCUUGCCCGCUCUGCGCAGCCCCGCGCAGCUUCGAGUUCCAGAUAUUCUCCGUGCUGCUGAACCACUUGGGGUUGGAUGCGGUGGGGCGGAGCGUGGACUGGGGCACCCUGGCGGUGUACACGUGUCGCGACAGUUGCGGCCAGGGCCCCACCUACAAGGAAGAGUUCCUGUGCAAGCAGGACUUUGCCGCCCAGCCGUCCUCCCUGUGACGCUGCCUCGACGAGUUCUCCAGGAUUCCGUCAGCUUCCUCGUCGUGUGAAUGUCACCACAGCACAGUGCUAAACGUAUUCCAACUCUUAGAUGAAAUUUUGUUAGUAUCAUGUUGUCGUACUUUUGUAACUAGAGAUAGGCCAAUAAAAUCCUCAAAGACCAUCAAAUCGGGAGAAUUCUGUAGAUUGGAUAUUCAAUAUCUGAGGUAAAAGAAAGCAAGAAAAACUUAUAAGGAAGGCAAAUGUAUGAAUUCAAAACUAUUAAGACAUGUAUUUUAUCUGUACAGAAGUUAUCAAAAAAUGUUUGUAUAAGCCUUCACCUCUAGAAUGUUUGUUUAGCACUUCAGGGAACAUUUUUGACGUGAUAACAUCUAAUAAAUUGAUGAACGCCGGCUGCACGCACGAAAAAGUGUCCCAUUACGGAUGUCCCACUACGGAUGUGUUCUGUUUGCUCAUUGUACGCAUGCGUGGCAUCUCUCUUACACUCGAUUGGAACAACCAUCGAUUUGACUUUUCAAUCAUUAUUUCGUCGUUUGAAUUAUUAAUAUUAUGUAAUUUAACGAUCGUCCUCAGAUUUUCAGCACAAUCGGUACGGUUAUUUAAAAGUAAUGUUGAAAAUUCAAAUACGUUUUGAACCAACAAUGGUGUUUUACAGUUACACAUAAUAAUUCAAAUUACACCCGGGAUCUUUUGCACAAUGUUUUAAAAAAUAUUGUAACACAUUAUAAAUAAGUUUGGUGUAUUUGGGAUGCGUAUUUGUUAUAAAAUCGUGUUAAUAUUAUACCCCUACCUUGAAAAAAAGUUUUUAUAAAUAUAUAUAUAUUACAUUUGAAACUUCAUUACCUUAGUAUGGCCUCGUGGGCGUGUGUUUAGCAUACCUUACUCUUAAACUAUAGGUUGUCGGUUCGAAACCCGGCAGCUGCGAAAUUUUUUUGUACUUGUAAAAAUAAAAAUGGCGUAUGCAACAUUUCAAAAGUAAUAAAUAUAUUUGAGUUAAUGAAUGCAAAUAAAAGUAAAUUUAUUAAUUCAAUUGCACAUUUCAUUUCACUCCUUUGUAUCCAUACAAAAUAGUGAUAAUUCAAUAAAAAUGAUUCAAUUUUAUUCAUAAAAGUAUGCAGAGGUAGAUUUUAUCAUGCAAAAGAUUGAAAAAUUAAAAAAAAAAUUCUUCCUCAAAGAAUAUAAUAUUUUUUAUGCCUAAAUGGUUUGGUUGCAAAAACCUACUACGGCUCAGUCUCAGGCCGAAUAUGAUAUUUCCUUUUCUUCUGGAUCAAUCAUUUCAUCAAUGUUUUGUUAUGACGUCACGUUAAACUAUCGUCCGUAAACCGACUUUACAGACAAACAAUUUUUUUUAUGACACAAAAAGAAAUUGUUUGUAUCCUAAACAUUUAAAUACCAUGUGUUUUAUAUUUCUUUGUUUUUUUUUCAUGUGUUAUUUUAUUCCUGACUCUUUAGACUAAGAUUCAGAUUCUAGGCACUCUUUUAAUAAUAGAAUAUACUUCUCUCGCUGUUUCUUUUGCUGCUCCUUCACAUACCUUGGUGUUCUUUUUACUUUACAUUUGUUGGAAAUAAAAACUGGAAACGUCCAAGGCAAAGAAAACUCAGAGGGGGAACAUCAAAGGGGUCACAGCAAUUUAGUUAACACACACACACAAACGCACAAAACCACAAUCCUACACCCACACCACUGGUUAAGUUUAAACGUGGAUAUGAAAUAUUGAAGAAAAUAAAAAGUCAGGGAAUCUGAAUAUUUAUGGAGACCAGAUUAUUCACAGGUAUUGUUUGUUUAUCAUGUGAGUUAUACAAAAUAUAGAUAAAAUAUUAAAAUUCUGUAACACAUUAUGUCAAAAACCAUUAAUAGAAGGUUAUUAAAAGGAAAACGGCCGGACGGGAUUAUUUACCAAUAACAAAUUAUGUUUUUAUUUAAAUUAAUAUUUUUGUAAUCUGCUUCAUCUAAAAAUAAAAAUUAAAGAAUAAGUAUGUGAAUAUUUAUUUUUUAUUGUUUGCUUUAACAUAAGUGUCUUCCUGAAGAUUUUUCGGUGUUCCAAGUCCAAAUGAGAGAUUGUAAUAUAGUGCAAGUUACCUUACACAAAAAAAGUCUACAUUCCUUUUUUCACUUCAUAGUCUUCAAAAGAGCCGACAUAUGGUUCCCAGUGCUUGGAAACAAGCAUGAUGUGGCACUUCCUAGUGGAUAAAACCAGA